UCGACCAACAACUUGAGUGUCGGUGUCGGUGACAGUGUGAAAAAUUCAUCCGCAGCGUGACAUUGUUUUUCCUCAAAGCCGCCACGAUGCACGACGCUUACGAGGAGACGUCUAUAUUAAAUAUCACCGUGCAAAUCGAGUCUAUGGCUGCUUAUGAUGACAACCUGCUGAUAGGCACCAGGGAAGGUCACCUAAUCAUGUACAACGUCCCGUCGGUGUUCGACGACAGCCACAAGCUCGAGUUGUUGCGCCACAGCAAGAAUUUCAAUAAGAAGCGAAUCAAUCAGAUAGACGUCGUGCCGGAGUACAACUUGUUGAUUAUCCUGACAGAUAACAUCGUGUGCAUUCACGACCUGAACUCGCCAAACUUUCAACAAAUAUGUCAAUUACCAAAGACCCGCGGCGCCACGCUGUUCACUCUGGACGUCCAGACGACUCAGAGCCUGACCGGGGAGAAGAACACGGUGGUGCGCCUGUGCGUCGCCGUUAAACGUAAAUUGCAGCUGUACUACUGGAAGGGAAAGAAGUUCGAGGAGUUUAAAGACUUCGAGCUGACCGUACCGGACAUACCUCGCCAGCUGUCAUGGUGCGGCGAAACGUUAAUAUUAGGAUUUCGCGGACUGUCCUACACGAUCUUUGACCUAAACGGUAAACCUAAGGAGCUCUUUCCCACCGGUAAAUCCCCAGAGCCGAGCAUCACGAAGCUGUCGGACAGUUGCUUUGUCCUGGGCAAAGAUUCUCAGUCGUUUAUUAUGGACACGAAGGGGGAGUUGGUUCAGCACAACCCAGUAAAGUGGUCGGAUACACCCAAUACGAUAGCAUGGGACGAUCCUUACUUACUCGGCAUCGUGCACGACAGACUGGAGGUGUAUACGUUGGAAGGGUGUUUACAUAUCCAGACAAUAAAGGAUAUAAAUAAGGCCAGACUUAUAUACCGAUGCAAACAAGGGAGAGUCUUUGUGGCGUCCAUUAGUCAGAUUUGGUGUGUCAAGGCAAUCGAUGUUACUUUACAGAUCAGGACCCUCCUGGAGCAGAAUCAGUUUCAGUUGGCACUAAAAUUGACCAGUCUGUCGGAUAUAACAGACGAGGAGAAGGCCAAGCAGACGUACAAGAUACAAACGUUGUACGCGCAUCAUCUGUUCUAUAAUAAGCGAUUCCAAGAGGCGAUGGAUCUGUUCUUAAAACUGGGAACCGAUCCGUACGAGGUGAUCAGAUUGUUUCCGGAUUUAGUCACGCCAUCGACCAAUACCCACGAGCUCAGCGAGCCGGCGCCCAGUUUACCGAAGCUGCAAGAUCACGAUUUGGAGAAGGGCUUACGCGCGUUGAUAGUUUUUCUAACUGAGGUCAGGCACAAGCUGAUGGCGAAAGACAAGGAACUCAAGGAGAAAAAUGGCGUAAACGGGGAGAAGAAUCUGACUGUUGUAGCUACGGAGCAGCUUUUAAAGAUUAUAGAUACGACCCUUUUAAAGUGCUAUCUACAGACCACUGACGCCUUGGUGGCGCCUUUACUUAGACUGAACCACUGUCACUUGGCAGAAGCUGAGAAAACUCUGUUGAUGCAUCAGAAAUAUCCGGAGCUCAUUAUAUUGUACCAGACCAAAGGGCAGCACAAGAAAGCGUUGGAGCUACUGGAGAAGCACGCGAAGGAGAACGAUUCUAGUCUGAAAGGCACUGAGAGAACCAUACAGUAUUUGCAGCAUCUCGGCAAGGAUCACAUGGAUCUGAUACUGAAGUUUGCCGGGUGGGUUUUAACGGAGGAUCCUGAGCAAGGCCUUAGAAUAUUUAUGGAGGAUAUACAGGAAGUCGAACACUUACCCAGACCAAAGAUAUUGGAUUACCUUCUACGUCUCCACAAAGACUUAGUCAUACAAUACUUAGAACACGUAGUACACGUUUGGGAGGACACCAACCAAUUGUUCCACAACGUUUUGAUACAUCAGUACAAGGAGAAGUGUCUAGCGUCCAUGAACGCGAGCGCAACGCCGGCGGAGAAGGAAACUUCGCAACACGUCCGACAGAAGUUGCAGCAGUUUUUGGAGAAAUCGGCGUAUUAUACGCCGGAAACGAUACUGGUGCAUUUCCCGUUUGACAGUUUGUUCGAGGAACGCGCGAUUAUACUCGGGCGACUCGGCCGUCAUCAACAGGCUAUAUCGAUAUACGUUAGUCUCUUAAACGACAUACCGCGUGCGAUACAAUAUUGCCAAAACGUAUAUACGAGGUAUCGAAAUCAAGAUCGUGCGGAGAAGCAGAAGCAGACGGAUAAUGCCGAGGAAGUGUACGUUUUGCUAAUUCAACAGUUAUUGAAGCCCGAUAACGAAGGAGUUUUAAUGGCUGGUUGUAAUCCGGAAAUUCAAAGAACGACACAGCCAGAUUUAGAGAUGGCCCUCCGGCUGCUGGAGGAGCACGCCUCCAAGAUAAAUCCUAUGAGGGUCCUGGAGGUUCUACCGGAUUCCGUUCCUAUCGGUAGAAUAAAGCACUUCCUGGAAGUCAGCUUGCAGAACAAUCUGAACGCCAGGCGGAGAACGCAGGUUCUCAAGGGGCUGCUUUACGCGGAGCAUUUACAGGUGCAGGAGCAACGGAUGCACUACGAAUCGCAGAGCGUCCUCAUGACAGAGUUCAAUAUAUGUCCAGUUUGUAAGAAACGAUUCGGCAACCAAAGCGCCUUCGCGAGGUAUCCCAACGGUGACAUAGUGCACUACUCCUGUCAAGAUCGCAAGGGGUAAAGGAGGAGUCGCUGGAUUAUACAUAACAAGUCAUACGUCUCACGAUGCAUAAGUUUAAGAUUGUAUAUAUCCGAUGUACGCAUUUUAUAUAUACGAAUUUCGCAUACGAAAUUCCGGCACAUGUAUUGUUACGCAAAACUCCAAGACUAUCCGCUCUGCAGGCACUUAUUAAAGAUUACCUAAUUAUUAGAUAUUAA